UCUUUUAAUAGUUAACAGUUUAAAAAACCUCUCAUAGUUCAUACAUCUAAAAAGAAAGAAAAGGGAGAAGUGUUCUGAAAUUACAGGUUAAUUCGGUUGUAAUUAGUCGUGUUGGACAUUUGAUGGUUUCUGACGGCUCGCUCUCGCGUGUCACACUUUAAAGUGAAGCGUUUCACUCUUUUAGUCCACCCGAAGCAGCGACGCGUCCUCGUGCGAUUGUGAUGCGGCGGCGGAGGAUCCGCCACGCAACGGACGCUGUUUACCCGGCAGGUGGAUAUGACGUCACGGACUUGGAACAUCAAAAACAACAACAUCCAAAUCCGCGGUUCUUCCCUGUUUUUCUAAGUUUUCUCCGCGUCUAAAAACUCUGAGCAGAAGCAGAAGAACCGGGAGCCAGCGGCGGCGAAGCUCCACGUCCCGUCCGCGGUGAGACGACCUCUCUCCUCCUCCUAGUUUAAGAUCUGGUCCUGCCCUUAAGACCGUGAGCUGAAUUCUGAUUGGAGGAAUGGAGCACCAGUCUGUGCUGUCCCAGUGAUCAGGGGCGAAGACGGUGUUACGCCAUCGUGGAUCUGAAGAUCGCUUUUAAAUAAAACACACAGCAGGUUUCUAUUUUUUUGAAAGUCAUGAUGCAAGAAUCUGGGACGGAGGCGACGAGCAACGGACCAGCCGCGCAGAACGGGGGCGCGGGGGCGGAGGGUAGGCCCCGGGAGGGGCGACUCAAGAGCGCCACGCCGUCGAUGGAGGUGACCGCCGCUGACCUCCUGCAGUUCCAGCAGCACCAGGCUCUCCAAGUGGCGCGGCAGAUACUCCUCCGGCAGCAGCAGCAGCAGCAACAGCAGCAACAACAACAACAACAACAAAACACCGGCCCCAAGUCUCCCAAAGGCAACGAGAAGCAGCAGAACCUGCAGGUCCCAGUGUCAGUGGCUAUGAUGACGCCUCAAGUGAUAACUCCUCAGCAGAUGCAGCAAAUCCUUCAGCAGCAGGUCCUGAGCCCUCAGCAGCUCCAGGUUCUCCUCCAGCAGCAGCAGGCCCUCAUGUUACAGCAGCAGCAACUCCAAGAGUUCUACAAAAAGCAGCAGGAACAGCUCCACCUCCAGCUCUUACAGCCACAGCAGCAGCAGCAGCAGCAUGCAGUCAGCAAGCAGAGCAAAGAGCAGCAGGUGUCGGCGCAGCAGUUGGCCUUCCAGCAGCAGCUCCUGCAGGUCCAGCAGGUCCAGCAGCAGCAUCUGCUCAACCUUCAGAGGCAAGGGCUGCUCACGAUCCAGCCCGGACAGACCGGAUUGCCGCUGCACUCGCUCACUCAGGGCAUGAUUCCAGCCGAGCUGCAGCAACUGUGGAAGGAGGUGACGAAUGCUCACGUGAAGGAGGAGCACCAGCACCACCACCACCACCACCACAACAACAACAACAACCACAGCAGCAGCACCACCAACAGCAUCAACAACGGCCACCGGGGCCUCGACCUGUCCUCCCCGGCGACGCCAAAGAACCCACUCAGCCAGCACGCCUCAACCAACGGGCAGUACAUGAGCCACAAGAGAGACGGGUCCACGCUAGAAGACCCUUCCCCCCACAGCCACCCGCUCUACGGUCACGGCGUCUGCAAGUGGCCCGGAUGUGAGGCGGUGUUCGACGAUUUCUAUUCAUUCCUCAAGCAUCUUAACAAUGAGCACGCCCUGGACGACAGGAGCACGGCCCAGUGCCGGGUGCAAAUGCAGGUCGUACAACAGCUGGAGCUGCAGCUAGCGAAAGACAAAGAGCGUCUGCAAGCCAUGAUGACGCACCUCCAUGUCAAGUCCACGGAGCCCAAAGCCACCCCACAGCCGCUCAACUUGGUGUCCAACGUCACGUUGUCCAAAUCGGCUCCCGAGGCCUCCCCUCCCCUGAGCCUGCCCCAGACCCCCACCACACCCACGGCGCCGCUCACGCCGCUGUCCCAGACCCACUCCGUCAUCACAGCCAACAGCCUCCACAGCGUGGGCCCCAUGCGGCGGCGCUACUCCGAGAAGUACAACAUGCCCAUCUCUCCAGAUCUCAGUCAGAACAAAGAGUUUUACAUGAAUGCGGACGUCCGACCUCCGUUCACGUACGCCUCCCUAAUCAGACAGGCGAUCCUGGAGUCUCCAGAAAAGCAGCUAACACUAAACGAAAUCUACAACUGGUUCACACGAAUGUUUGCAUAUUUUAGGCGCAAUGCUGCGACGUGGAAGAAUGCAGUCCGCCAUAAUCUUAGUCUUCACAAGUGUUUUGUGCGAGUAGAAAACGUAAAGGGGGCUGUGUGGACAGUCGACGAACUAGAGUUCCAAAAGAGACGGCCUCAAAAGAUCAGUGGAAGUCCAUCCUUAGUAAAGAACAUUCAGACCAGCUUGGGCUAUGGUCCCACCCUCUCUGCCGCCUUCCAGGCUUCAAUGGCAGAAAACAGCAUACCUCUAUACACUACUGCUUCCAUUGGAAGUCCCACCCUCCACUCAUUGGCCAACGCCAUCCGCGAGGAGAUGAAUGGAGCGAUGGACCAUGGAAACAGCAACGGCAGUGACAGCAGCCCGGGACGCUCGCCCCUGCUUGCUAUGCACCACAUCAGCAUUAAGGAGGAGCCACUGGACCCCGAGGACCACGACGGGCCCCUCUCCCUGGUGACCACCGCCAAUCACAGCCCGGACUUCCAUCACCACGGAGAUUACGACGACGACCAGGGCCACGACGACAUGCUGUAAGGCGAGCUCUGUCGCCCCCGCGGGACCCCCGGGACCCCCCCCCCCCCAAAGCCUCAGAGGCCGAGGCAGUCACGUCCAUCUGGGAGACAAACACUGAACUGCAGUCUCUGAGGACAGCUCUCAAAUGUCUCCCCUUUUUUUAGUGCCAUGACGAUACGCAGCAAGGACACACACACAAAUACACACCUGCACACACAAAAAAAACAAUACACCCCAAGUACGGGAUUAUUUUUUUCUUCUCUUUCUACUUUUUAUUUUGCGUAAAAAUGACAAAGUGAAACUUAAUUUCUACUUGUGUAGAUGGACUUUGAUUGGUACUUCAGGGGGACGGGAACGGAGACAGAGACCGUCGCCGUGCAGCCAGGACGGACUGCUACUCCCCCCCCCCCCCCCCCCCCCCCCAACCCCCCAACCCCCCUCCUCUGUCACUCAACACAUCCGACCACAAACUCAAGAGAGGCAGAGAGACAAUGACUGACGCUUAAUCUACACCCUGUGUGUGUGUGUGUGUGUAUGUGUGUGUGUGUGUGUGUGUGUGUGUGUGUGUGUGUGUGUGUGUGUGUGUGUGUGUGUGUGUGUGUGUGUGUGUGUGUGUGUGUGUGUGUGUGUGUGUGUGUGUGUGUGUGUGUGUGUGAGAGAGAGAACUUAUGUUCAUUGUCACAGCCUUCAACACUUCAGCGGGAUGCGACUUGUUUUAAUCUGGCUGUACUUUGUUGUUAUUUUGUGUCUUUUCCAUCUUCAUUGGGUCUUCUGAUGUGACCUCAUGGACGUGCUGUGGAGGUUCCGUGUGGUCAGCACUUGGUGAUGAUGAUGAAUGUUUAUGAUUUCCAUUCAUGUUGUCCUUUUAAACCACACACACAUGAUGCAGAAUGCCACAUGCCAAGUAGUAUUUUUCUGUCAUUUAUUCCACAAUCUUUUCACACGACGACCAACAUCUAAAAGUCCUCUCUUUGGCGCGUAGCCCCCCCUCACGCCCCCCCCGCAGCCCCCCCUCCUGCUCAUGAAGUCCACUGGCAAUGCACUACUCGUGAUGAAGGCUCUCUCCACGCAUCGAUGAAGUUUAAUUUAAGAUGCGGAUGAAUGACAGAGAAAUCAUGCAGGUUAUGAUUUAUCGUUAUUAAAUUAUACUUCACAAAAGCCCCUCCAGGCAUGUUGAGCCGCACCUGAAUAACUGAUCACUUACUCGCUCCAGGUGUUUGUACAGCUUUUUGUUUGUUUUGGUUUUUCCUCAACGGCAAAAUGAGAAUGUCAGGUGUGUCGGGGGAGAUAAUGAUUUCCACUACUUUGAAUUCCUCAACACAACUCGUCAGUAAGACAAACGUUCAUUCCUAGUAGUUUUUAAUUUGCAUUGCGCGUUUUAUUGUGCGCUGCAACGUGCACACCGUGCACGACGUGCUCAUUUCCUUCGUCGAGGGUGAAACCCCCACGACUCGCAAUAAGAACAUUUCACAUUCCAGCAUGUGAGAGACGUCGCGUGUCCCCCAGAAAGACGUUUUAGAGAGACCAUGAAUUUCACUUCAGCAAUCAACCACUUUUUCAUUUUUUAUUUAUUAUUAGUGUUAUUAUUAUGUUUCAUUUGGCUCUUUUUUUUGUCGUUGAUGUGUUCUGAUUUCUUGUUCUGUGACUACCAAAGAUAAACUACAGAGUUGUGUGUUCCAUGCAAUAGCAGAUGAGGCCAAAUAUCUCUCCUUCAUGGUCCAAAUCGAGGGAAAUGCUCCUCAAACUGGUGUUUUUGUUCAAAUUUUUAAAUUUUUUUCCUCAUAAAAAACCAAAGGGGGCGUCUCGAACAGGACGACUGCCGUAAUGUUUGCAGUCACCAAAUCGUGUGUGUGUAUGUACGUGUGCGUGCGUGUGUGUGUGUGUGCGUGCGCGUGCAACAUAAAGGGGACGUAGAUUCAGGCAACGAGGGCGACACAAACAGCAAAAUAUUCUACACUUGGACUGGGCCACAUUCAGAGUCUCUCUUCUUUAAUUCCUUUUCUUCCUUUGUGUCCUUUAAAAAUGAUUGUAUGCCACUUUUUAGGUGUUUUAGCGUCUUUUUGGCAAGACUUGUGUUUAGUUUCUGUCAACUUAUUACUUUUUAUAUUAAAAAAACACUCCUGUCAACAAAUAAGCUGGGUACAAGGUACUUUAUGGCAGUUAUUGUUAUUUUUAUUAUAGUUUCUUAGUUCACCGCUCAUCAGCUAAUAAGACGAAAAGGGCAAUCUGGGGUUUCCAGAAGUUGUAUUUAAUAUCUGUGGGAUGGGUCAGUUCCAGCCAGGCUGGGAUCGUGAGAACAGGGCCCAGCUCGUCCACAACCCCCCCCCCGUCACCCCCCCCCCCCAUCUGGCUGGUUUGCUUGGUAUUGAAAAAGGGGGGACAGCGCUGGUAGAUUAGAACAUUCUCAGCAUGUGUAGCUCGACAUUACUAAAGAUAACAGCAUGAGAGAAAACGUGUGUCCGCAUACCUCAGUCCAAACCUAUAGGGAAUGAUUCAAUUAAACAGAAAAAAAAAUAAACAUUCACUCAGUUGCACUUAGUUGUAUGUCUUGCAUGUGUAGUCUGAUACUGUAAAGAGGGAAAAAAGCAAAUGAAAUUAGAGCUUGUUUAUCUUCACGGUUUCAUCCUCUUCUUUUUUUUUUUGCCAAACCAAUCCAAACCUCAGGCUUUUUGUCCAUGGAAACAUCACCCAUUCAUCCGCCGGCUUGGUUUAAGGGCGUUCCCAUGUUUAGGUUGUACAUACGUGUCCGUAUGGCCUUCGUCGCUUUCCUGUCUUUUUCCUAUCCGUCUGUCUUUCUUUUUUUUUUUUUAAGAUCAAAAAAGACAUUUGUGUUAUGAUGUUUGCGUUUUUGCGCCUGCUUUGUAUUAACUAUGAAAUAGCUAUGAGAAGAAAAAACUGCUGUAUGUAUUGGAAUAGCAAACUGUGCUGCAAAUGUAUUUUACUUAGUACGCCUUGCUUAAAAAAAAAAUGGAAAAAAAGGAAGAAAAAAAAUCACA